CACGGGUCCACAGAGGACCCCUGAACAAGACUUUCAGCGGAACGGGCAGGAAGUCCUGCAUUGGAAUUUCGCGGACAAGAACAGAACAAUCGACCUACCUUGUGCAGCUCAAUUCACCGUCUGAAUGGAGCUAUACUGCAGAAAAGCCCGUGGAACGGGCAGGAAGUCCUGCACUGGAAUUUGGGGGACAAGAACAGAAAUAUCGACCAACCCUGGGCGGCUCAAUUCAUCGUCUGGAUGGAACUAUGCUGCAGAAAAGCCCGAAUGAUCCCACUUGCUUCUUCUGGUUCUGGUGCAGCAGAGUCUCGUGCAGAAAGGGAAUCUAUCAGCCAAAUCCGAAUAACUGAAAAUCGAGAAAUUGGGGUCCUCAAUGACAGACAUGCUGAUUACAUCUCUGAGGUUCGUUUCCUUCAAGCAGUUCAACGCAAGCUCAGAUUGCGCCUGGAGCAAUGGAUGAAAGCUGGAAAGCCGAGAGUGAGAGAAGACAUGACUGAGUCGCUUACAACGGGAGGGGCGAAGGCACGAUAUGACGCCGAUGCAGAGAAAAUACCCAGGCUCAAUGACGAACUGAACAGUACGCGAUCGAGAUAUGAAUCAGCCGUGCGUGGACGUGAUUUGGCCGCCGAGGACUCACUUCUCGUUAGAUUGUGCGAUCUUCGUUCUCAGCUAUGUCUGGCCAAAGGACGCGGAAAAGUAAUCCAAGAGGAAUGUGCAAGGCUUCGAAAGGAAAACCAGAAGAUCGUGGACGAUAUCGCAUCGCAGAGACAGAUCUUUGACAAGGAAACGCAAGAACGCUAUAGCUAUGAACGUCGCGCUCGGCCGUUGCUUCAGGAAUGCGAAGAGCUAUUGAAAUCCUACAAAGAAAUUAAAGUACCCGUGCCGCGCUACUCGACUGAGGACAUUGAACGAGACAGAAAGCACUUCCGUGCCGAAGUGGAGGCCUCCAUGGUUGAAAUUCGUAGGCAAUACGAAAUACUUGCCAGCACUGUUAAAUCGGAAAUGGAACAAUGGUACAAGGAUCAGGUGUCUGGAAUCGAAUUCAAGCAACGCGAUGAUACAUCUUCUUUCAAGAAGAGACUUGCUGAUCUACGCGAUGAACUGGUUGAUGUCCGCACAAGGCUCAGUCAUCUGGAAGAACGCAAUCGCUUGCUGACCAGCUUGAUUGCCGAUUUCGAAGAAGCCAGAGACCAAGAGCAGAAGCUUAGCGCCUCCACCGUCAAGGAAGACGAGGAUAAUCUUCGAAAGCUCAUCGAACGCUACAAUGAGCUCGUCUCCGGUGCUCCACGAGAUAAGAGAUACUCCGUGGCUACAUUGCGCGCUGAGAUCAUGAGAUACAGAGAACUGCUAGAUGGUGUGGGUCCCAGAGACAAUCGUGACAUCUCCAACAUUCUACAAAGUGUUUUUGAGAGAAUGGAUUCGAGCAUAGCUGGAAGACGAACAUCUCAAGCCGCCUCCAGCGGCGCGGGUGGAAUGUACGAGCCUUACGGAACAAGAAGGGACAUCGGUGGACCUACCGAAACCCGUGACUACAGAUACACAUCCUCAACCAGAACAUCUCAAAGUGCAGGAUUCGGUGGCGGAGCCAGGGAUGAAGGAAGCACAGGCUUAGGGUAUAGUAGCCGUGUUCAGCCCACAACUGUCACCAGCACGGCUGACUACACCUUGAGAGAUGAGCGAGGUUCCAGAACUGGAGGCCGUGACUACGCGAUGCAACGUUCAGCCCAGGGAAAUGUCACGAUCGGGAGAGUGGCCAGGGAUGGGUCGUAUGUGACCAUCGAGAACACUUCCAUGGAUAUUGACCAGCACAUUGGUGAAUGGACGCUCCGCAGUACAAGCUCCUCCCUGAAGCAAGUCUCGUUCACAUUCCCUCGUGGAUUCAUCUUAGCCCCUCAAAGCACAGUUCAGAUCUUUGCCCGUGGAAAGGGCCCUAACGAUCCUCCUCGUUCACUCGUCUGCGAAGCUGAAAGCACAUUUGCGACAGGCGAGGAUCUAGCCAUGUACCUUUACGACAACUAUGGCCAGGAACGUGCUCGUCUCACUCAGCGUGAGUUCUUCGCCACCUAUGGCGAUUCCGGAUUCUAAGUGAUGCGUGAUGCUCUACAACAUCAUAACUGCCACCAGCACCUGCCUAUCUUUCAUUGUGUUAGAUUAGACGAGCAAUAUGCAAAUGUAUUUGCUUGCUCAGACAUAAAUCGUGUAGUCACAUGAAGCAUUCU